AUGCGCAUGAGCAGUUGAUGACUGCGAGGGAUGAUGGGAUUUUAUAGUCGCCAUCUUGAAUAGAACCCAGUCACUACUCUACAAUAAAUACUGCGAAGGGGACUAGUAAUAUCCAAGAUGGCGGACGCAAGUGAAGAGAAAUCAGACAUCCAAGAAAAAGUGCUAAAAUACGAAGAAUUUAUCGAUAAAAGGCUAAGAAAAGACUUGGAAGCGGUAUAUAAAGCACAAGAGGACGUAUAUACAAAAAUCAAUGAAUAUACCCAGCUGAAAACUACUAUAAAACAGCUUCAGAAUUCACAUCCUAAAGGAGAGAAAUUGAAAACUACGGUGGACUUGGGGACGAAUUUUUAUUGCGAAGCUGAGGUUGCAGAUACGUCGAUGAUUUAUGUCGCAGUUGGUUUUGGAUUCUACGUUCAGUUUACCUUUGAUGAAGCAUUAAAUUUUAUUGAAAAGAAGUGUGGGAUUUUGAACUCCACUGCUAAAAGACUUUGUAAAGAUGCUGCGAAAAUCAAAGCUCAUAUGAAAGUGGUAUUAGGAGGGCUGCAAGAACUACAGAAUAUUAGUUUUGGUAAAGAUGAUGAGACUGGAUACUGAUAAAGACCUUAAGAUAAAGAUAGUGAUCAACCUGGUUUAGAAAAUUUUUGGCAAUAUCAUCCCAGGUCUCCGAUUGGUCAAUUAUAUUGAUUGACAGCUGGUGCGAGUAUCUAAAUGAAAGUGACAAUUAUAUUGGCUCUGACCAUAAAAGGCUUACAGCACUUCAAUCACAUGCAUGAAAUCAUACAAUUUUAUAUCAUGACAAAAUAAGGUUUUGAAGGAUGUCAAUCAAAGUGUUUCCAUAAGACAAAAUCGGAAAACAAAGAUGGGUUUCAGGGGUAAUGCAUAUGAAAUGUCAUGGAAACCUCUUUAUUGACAUCCAUCCAAAUCACAUCAUCACAAUCGAAAAUUGUACAAUUUCGUACUUGAUUGAAAUAAGCACUGUAAUUGGGUCACAGCUUAAAAUUGCUGUCUCAGAUAAGUGUGACAGAGCUUCUAAAAUCAUGUUACAAAAAAAACGUGAUUUGAUUUCUAAACAAGACCAUCUAGUUUGGGUGUAAUCUUUUCCUAUUUUAGACCCCAUGAUAAGCCUUUUAGUACAUGUGAUAGGUUUUUCCAUGUCAAAUUACUGCUCCAUGAAUGGAAGAAAUAGUGAAAAUCCUAGCCAUCUUUUCAUGGUACAUGGGAUAAAUGUAUAGGUCAUACAAUUAAAAAUCAAACUUUGUGAGAAAUUAAUACUCUAAAAUGAUUUGUUAGAAAUUCCAAAUGAAUCAAAGUUAAAAUAGAACUUGGCAACAUUUGAUUAAGACAUUUUAGCCUUCUUGGUGCCACCACUACAGCACAUCUUCACCACAAGACCGGCCAAUGCCUUCAAGGAAGCCAACACUAACACUAUGGCCAUUAGUAAUACAAAAAUCACAUCCAGCAUGUACAGCUGAUAAAAUGGUAGAUUAAGACCCCUUGGCUUUAGAUGAUCGAGGUUUUUCAGAGCUUGGACAUAUUCUAUUAUGUCUGCUGCUUCCUUUUCUGGGGAGCGAGGACGCAUCUUCAUUGCUUUCGAUAUGUGAGAUGCCUUUUCCUUGUAACUGAAAUAUAUAACAAAAGUUCUGGAAUUAUGAACUGUAGCCUGCGUGCAGUCGAACUAACUAACUGUAAAGAGAGAACAGUCUGAAGUCCGGCUGCAUGCAGGCUAUAUGAACUGAGAAUGAAAUAAAAGAAAUAACAUUU